AUUUCCACUUCCGCCGCCAUUUCCGCUUCCUGCAGUGGCAGUCGCAAUGUCGGCGCUGGCAGCGAAUCCCAACAACCCCGUGGUUUUCUUCGAUGUAACCAUCGGCGGGCAGGAGGUCGGCCGCAUGAAGAUUGAGCUGUUCGCAGAUGUUGUACCCAAAACAGCAGAGAACUUCAGGCAGUUUUGUACAGGUGAAUUCAGGAAAGAUGGUGUCCCUAUAGGUUAUAAAGGAAGCACUUUCCACAGGGUAAUAAAGGAUUUCAUGAUCCAAGGAGGUGACUUCGUAAAUGGAGACGGCACUGGAGUAGCCAGUAUAUACAGAGGUCCUUUUGCAGAUGAAAACUUCAAGCUGAAACAUUCUGCUCCUGGCCUGCUUUCUAUGGCAAACAGUGGUCCGAGUACCAACGGCUGCCAAUUCUUCAUCACGUGCUCCAAGUGUGACUGGUUGGAUGGGAAACAUGUUGUGUUCGGUAAAAUUGUCGAUGGACUGUUGGUCAUGAGAAAAAUUGAAAACGUGCCUACAGGUCCCAAUAACAAACCCAAGCUGCCAGUUGUGAUCUCUCAGUGUGGGGAAAUGUGAAGGGAUGAAGAAGCAAUGUGGUGAGAAGGGCUGUAACAUCUUCAGCAACAUGUAUUAUCCCUGGCUGGUUCAGUCAGGAACAUUUACCGCAUGGAAUUGAGAAAAAGAAGGGGUGAAAGGAGCUCGACAGAGCUGUGAUGCAGCAGCUCUUUCCCUCGGCAGGUAACUACAACUGUCUGGCUGGCAGAAAGGUUCUUGGCAUCUUGUGAAUCUCCAGAACCUUUGUGUGUACAGCCUUUCUGAGUCGUGAGGAAUUGGUAUAGCACAGAUUGCACCACCAUGAGUGCUGUGCUCUGAGGACAGUUCUGAUGUAAGCAGGUGUCCUUCAGCCUUCCCCUAGCAUGUGGUAGCACCAGGCCAUUGAGGUGCUAUGUGCCACGUGUUGGAGGAGGGGUUCACCUGGGUACUUACAAAGGUGUUGGAGCAGGCUUGUCAUAUGGGAAAACCAGAAUGGUGAUGCUAUAGUAAUAAAACUGGGGCUGCUUGUCCUGUGUAUUGAGGAGUGUGCAGCUGAGGCUGUCCUUCUUCUCCCAGAACAGAGCUGAGAGCUCACCCUCCUGGCAGGGGACAAGCCAGCACCCUGCACAGGGCAGGCUUCCAGCAGGAGCUUUUCAUCCCGCCGUUUAAAGGUAAAGCACCUGAUGAGUCUGGGACAGAGUCUGUUCUGGCACAUGACGGUGCUUCCACAGGCUUGGCUGUGCUCUUUUCUCUCAUGGCUCUUUGAAAUCGUGGCAGCAGGCUCUGGCUGUCAGGAUUCCUAUGUCCUCAUUCCUAGGAUUGCACAGCAGCUGAGAACACUCACUUCUCUCCAGCCUGAGGCAUAUCACUUUGUACCUGCAGCACACACCUUUAUCAGGUGAUAAAAGAGACACAGACACCCCAGUCCUGUUUUCCCCAGCCCCACACAUGCUUUGCAGAAGGCUCUCCUGUAAGAGGAGAGUUGAAGAUUCUCAACAGGCUGGCUCAGGUGUCUCAGAGAGUUAUGCCUGGCAGUGCUGUGCUGAGGUUUGCACUGGCUGCUGGUACCCAAAAUCACCAUUUUUUCACCAGGGAAACCAGUUUAUUUCUGGUCCAGGCUUAGCAGCACUUUUUCAGCCUGAUAUAUUUAUACCACUGCCAUCAGCUGGCCUCACUUCCUACAUACAGGGGUCACAGAGCUUCCCCAGAUUAAUUAAGAGUGGCAAAUCCAUUACUACCUCUUUGUUGUUACAAUGGCUAAUUACAUCCCAUUAUAUUUCCCUUCAACAUGGAGUGUGCAGGAUUCCAGCUUCUGUGCCAUGUUCCUUACCUGCUGGCUGAAAGUCUUCUCAAAAACCACAUUUUUUGUUUGAAUUCUCCCAUGAAGAUGUCACCCUUGUGUUGUAUGUAGCAAAUCCUGGAAUGUCCUGUAGAGGAGAGGAUGGACCUCCUCUCAGCUCCAGCAUCUUCCUCCAGCUGUGGAUGCUGCAGCUGGAGAUGGUGUUUCUGAUGGCCUGUGCAUUUCCCCGAGGGUCUGAGUUGCCUCUGGAUCCCAUAGUGUUACCCCCCAAAGACAUUGUUGGGGCCCACAGUUUUGGCUGGAGGUGCGUGGCCCUGAGACAUCCCCACAGAUUUCCUCCCUGGAGUUUUCUCCCUCAUGGGGGACUGCCUGGUGUGCUCCCUAAUUCUGAUUCUAUAGUAAGAUUAUUUUUCAGGUGAUUCACUGUAGUGGUUUUGGUUUUUUAAGAUUUCUUUAAUGUUGAGAUUUUUUAAAUUAACGUGUUCUUGUGACAUAGGAAGAUAGGAUUAGGAGAAGGCUAAAGUAGGCUUAAAAUUUUAAAAGGGUAUAAAGAAAAUUUUAUUAACAGUAAUUAAGAGAAAAAAGUAGUAAGAAUUAAAACAAACUCUUUAGAAUAUUCUUUCAUAACUUUUUUACUGAUAAUGUAAAGAAAUAAAAUUUAAAUUUUGUGUUAGUUUAUUACUUUAAAAA